AUGAAGUUUGUUGAUUUAUUUGAGAGCAGCGGUGAGCUCUGGCACUGCCUUGAACAAAUCGGCCUUGAGUCCGAUAUCGGCGACUUGGAAGAUUGGUGCGUCUGGAUCCUUGUUGAUGGCGACGAUCGUCUUCGAAUCCUUCAUUCCAGCCAAAUGUUGAAUGGCUCCAGAGAUUCCGAUAGCGAUGUACAACUCCUGGAAACAAAGAAUUUCGAAAAAAAAAGACGGAAAACAAAUCUCUCACCGGCGCCACAAUCUUUCCAGUCUGUCCAACUUGCAUAUCAUUCGGCACAUAGCCUGCAUCAACAGCAGCACGAGAUGCUCCGACUCCUGCUCCGAGCUUAUCGGCGAGCUCGUAGAUCAGCUUGA